AUGGCAGAUCCAGGAAACCGGGGUGGGAUCACGUUCGUUCACGGCCUCAUGAUCUGUCGGCAGAAUCAUUCCCAAAUUGUUGCAUCCGCUACACUGCAUAAUGAUUUGAAAGUUUUGACAGUGGGGCUGCGUCGGUUGGCGAGAUGGGUUGCCACCACCUCCUCAGCUACAUCAGCUAAGGGUAAGGGCUUUGAUAAGUAUGAUGAUGCAAUAAAGUGGAUAUCUUGGGUUGGGUUGCGAUUUUUAUGGAUAAAGCUGGCCAUCAAGCUGGAUCAGCAUAGGUGA